AUGGAGUGCGAGUCAGGGCAUCGACUGGCGGCUUACCGCUUCGUUGCCUACUCGGCCGUCGCAUUCUCAGUGGUUGCCGUGCUCUCCAUAUGCAUCACUUUGCCCAUGGUCUACAACUACAUACAUCAUGUGAAGAGGUCGAUGAAUACCGAGAUCAACUUCUGCAAGCACAUGCACAAUUGUUUCUGUGAUGUGAGAGAUGCAAUGCCCAUACCCAAAUUCGGUUGUCUCAUCGGCCUUCCAUCAGCGCUUUCGACGCUAGAGCAAGGUGUUAAUUAA